GCGAAUGAAUGGCAUCUUUUUCGACAUCACGUAAACGCCGAAGGGGGAGCGAAAGCGCGAGCCUCUUCCUCUUGUGCUCGCUUCGGAUGGAGCAGGAUGAAAACCCCGCUCCGUUGAUUAUUAAUUUACAGCUUUAUCACACAGCGGCUCGCAGUACAUCUGAUCGUUUUUCUAAACGGCCCGUGUCCGGUCGUAUGAAUAACGGACACUAUAUAUUUACUCCCCCCUUUUGUCGAUGUCAGGGACCCACUAUGCAAACAGCAUGAAAUAAUUCCAUCGCACAAAGGACCUGGAGCCGGGAAAGACAACAUGAAGUUACAAAUCUCCAGUCUUCUGCUCGUAGUCGCAGUAGCCUAUGCAACGAUAGAGGCUCCUGAGGAGUUUGUCUCAUUGGCUGAAAUGGAGGACACUUUAUUGAGGAAUCUUUUUCGGGGGUAUCAGAAGUGGGUGAGACCCGUUCUUCACGCUAACGACACGAUUACUGUUCGCUUCGGUCUGAAGAUCUCACAGCUGGUGGAUGUGGAUGAAAAAAAUCAACUGAUGACCACAAAUGUCUGGUUGUGGGAGGAGUGGACAGACUAUAAAUUGCGCUGGAAUCCAGAAGACUAUGGGGGAAUCACAUCCAUCAGAGUGCCCUCAGAAACUAUUUGGCUGCCAGAUAUUGUCCUUUAUGAAAAUGCUGAUGGCCGAUUUGAAGGUUCUCUAAUGACAAAAGCCAUUGUAAGGUUUAACGGUACCAUCAUGUGGACUCCUCCUGCCAGCUAUAAAUCAGCCUGCACCAUGGACGUCACCUUUUUUCCCUUUGACAGACAGAACUGCUCAAUGAAGUUUGGAUCAUGGACAUACGAUGGCACUAUGGUGGAUCUGACCCUUGUGGACGCCUACGUGGACCGUAAAGACUUCUUUGACAACGGCGAAUGGGAAAUACUCAAUGCCACUGGCCAGAGAGGCAGUCGACGUGACGGCAUUUACUCCUAUCCUUAUGUUACAUAUUCAUUCAUCCUGAAGCGUCUCCCUCUGUUUUACACACUCUUUCUCAUCAUCCCGUGUCUUGGUUUGUCAUUUCUCACCGUGCUGGUCUUCUACCUUCCAUCAGACGAAGGGGAAAAGCUUUCUCUCUCCACUUCCGUUCUUGUGUCUCUCACUGUGUUUCUUCUCGUCAUUGAAGAGAUCAUUCCAUCUUCCUCUAAAGUCAUUCCUCUGAUUGGAGAGUAUCUGCUUUUUAUCAUGAUCUUCGUCACUUUCUCGAUCAUCGUAACUGUCUUUGUCAUUAACGUUCAUCAUCGUUCCUCUGCCACAUACCAUCCCAUGGCACCAUGGGUGAAGAGUCUUUUCCUUCAGAGAUUACCUAGACUGCUGUGCAUGAGAGGACACACUGACCGUUAUCAGUACCCGGACAUCGAGCUGCGGAGCCCAGAGCUCAAACGAGGGAUGAAGAAAGGGCAACAAAAGAGUGCUGGAGGAGGACGAGCUGGAGUUAAGGAGGAUGAAAACCAGGCCUGGAUUGCCCUGUUAGAAAAAGCCACCCAUUCAGUGCACUACAUUUCCAGACACAUCCGGAAGGAACACUUCAUCAGAGAGGUUGUUCAGGACUGGAAGUUUGUGGCUCAGGUGUUGGACCGGAUUUUCCUGUGGGCCUUUCUCACAGUUUCUGUGCUUGGGACCAUCCUCAUCUUCACCCCAGCUUUGCAGAUGUUUCUCAGCACAUCUUAAAACCCUUUUAAAAAUCUCCUUUACCCUCAGUAACAGUCUUAUGACCCUAAGAAAUAAACGUAGUUCCCACAAGAUUACGGUAAUCCCUCUGUAAGUCUUUUUUUGACCUAGCCACAUCUAUAAUCCCUCAAAAUUCAACUUCUAUCUUUUCCUCUUUAAUGCUUCGCUCAAUAGUUUGGUGGCUGUGUGUGUGUGUGUGCGGGUGAAGUUUGGGGGUAAAAAGCAACACUCAGCAGAAAUGAAGUGGAGGUCUUUUUUUUUUGCCAAGUUAACACAUUAUUAAAAAAAGUUUUGAAAUCUCUUAAGAUCUUGGUUUUAAAAAUCCUCAAAAAUGUGACUUUAUACAUUAUACUGUACGUCACAGUUUACCUAGUCUCUUAGGCCUGUCAAUUUUUGCUUUCAGGUUUUAUUCAUAUUUUAUUUUAAAACUAUAACUGUGCUCACCAUCCAUGCAAUACUGUAUGGUGUAAAUCUGUUUCUUAAUAGAUAGCAAAUUAUUAUAGUUUUUAAUUUAUCUCUCCUUUUGUAAUAAAAAUGCUGACUGUGUGGAAAAUGUUAACAUCAGAUUUGAAUUUCAUUUAAUUAUUUAGUAGUAUUAUAUUUUAAUGGAACCCAUAAUUGCUUUAAGUUAGCUGAAGCAAAUAUGCUGGAAUCAAAAUAAACUUAAAAACACAUUAUUUCAAAACAUCCAACCCAGGCUCAUUCUGAUUACGUACCCCUGUAUUUAUUUCUGGAGAGAGCAAAAUAUGUACCAGGAGCUACAUUUUUGGCAGUUUUUGUUUGCGCAAAUUCACCAGAGGAUGUUGUUUAUGCUUUUUGAUAUCUCAAAGUUCUCUCGCGAGUGCCAUUUGCACCUGCUCUUCUUACAUAAAUCCACCCGAGGUCGCUGUUGACUGACUGACUUACUGACUGAUUGACUAACCGUCCGAUCACCCAACCCUCCCUCUUCCCUUAACCCAACCAAUAGUGAUUUAAAAAGCACCGACUGACCCACCCACCCACUUCUCUAACCCCAAAUGACAGUGUUUUCAAAAGCAAUCCAGAAAAAAAUGAGCCCUUUCGGCAACCUGAUUUUUACCACACUUUCAGAUUUUACCAAAUUCUCACCCUGUUAUUUACUUGUUUAUUUAUUUUUUUUGCCAUUUGUUUAUGUCUUACCUGCUUUCUGGAACCGUUCUUUGUCAAACUCGAAUCCCAUUGUCAUGGUCAACACCACUCUGUGUCUCAAGUCCGUCGACAUACGUGUCAAGCUACCUGACAAACUGGUAACAGCGGAAAAGCCAUCCAUAUGAAGGUAAACUGUCAGCUGGUAAGCGAGAAAAGGAACGGCAUCAUACUGCCCCGUAGUGUUUGUUUUAAAGAUGAAAUGCAGCCAUACAAAUCUCUGGCUAUAUAAUUUGCGAUUUCCAGAAAUGUAUAUACGUAGGGCUUGUGUUUUCAAAAUGAGUCUAUGUUGCAACCAUUAUUUGGUCAUAUACCUGCCAUAGAGGGUAAACUUGUUAAAUGUUAUUAUUGUGCAUAACUACACGGAGUACUGCAACCUACUGGAUAAAACUAUAGUGUGGUCUUACGAAUGGAUUUUUUUAGUUUAAAUACCUAUAAAAUCAGAGAAGUCCGAAUUAUUAGUCCCCCUUUUAAUUAUUAUUAUUAUUAUUUUUUCCAAAUGAUGUUUAAUAGAGCACGGGCAUUUUCACAGUAUGUCUGAUAAUAUAUUUUUUUUCAACUGGAGAAAGUCUUGUUUGUCAUUUGUUUUGAUUAAAGAAUUAUUUCUAAACUGCCAAAAUGAGUUGACAGCAGUUCCCAAACUCUGGCGUUUUAGAGACUAAUAUGACUAAUGACUAAUAUAAAUGAGACAUUCAUACUGAAAGCUCAACGGAAAUGUGAUGGAUAUUAUUCUCAGUACUUAAAAAUAUGAUGGAAUGAGUGCAUAUUUAAAUGCGCUGUAUCUAUGACAAAUCGUGCAAUGUAUAUUUGAUUUAUGCAGGGUCUUCUUUCCCCCAUCUUCUUGUAUUUUUGGCUGUUUUUUUUUUUUUUUAUGUCAAUUAUCACAUUAAGUCCUAUUAAUUCCUGAUUGAUGUUUUUCUCUCAUUUGCGAAUUGUGCAAAUAUCAAUGUAGCACAAACUACGUGAAAAAAUACUACAGAUGUCCGCAGGUCAAAUAUGAAGGCUCAGGUUGAUAACUAGUUCUUUUUAUAUUUCAAUUGAAAUGGUAAAGUUGAAUUUUGAAACUUGGAUAUGGUAACUGGUAUUUGUGUUUCACACAAAUGCUAAACAUAUAGUACGAGAAUAUGCAAACCUAAUGUUUCCAAAUUUGGAAAUUUUAGAAUAGCACAAUAUCAGGCACUCUAAUUUCUGUCCUUUGCAUUUUUGCAUACCUUUGGAUGAAAUCUAUGCCAUGUGUUAAACAUUCUAGAUCUCUAGAUCUUUUUGUCGCCAAUUCAGUGGAAGCAAUGGUAGAGAUCGCCUGAUCACAACUGAUUUAAGGUCAGUAAAUUGAUAUAUUGUAUCAUUUUUAUGUUUAAUUGAGCAAAAUCAGUCACACAAAUUAAUUUAAGUCUUGUCAUGUGAUUCAUGUUUUUUGGAUAAGUGUUUUGUACUUUGCACCUUAGUGAAGCACUUCUUCAUGCUUCCGACUAGGCCAGCAAUUUGCUCAAGAAACUCAGAUAAUUCAGUAUAAUUGAUUGAUUGAUUUGAUUGAUUGAUUAAUUAAAUUACAAAUCUGAGUCUUUUCCUUUAAAAUUAAUUAAAAUUCUCAAACAGGUGAAAUUCAGGCAAAAUGGACACCAUAAGAAAAUAGUUUCAAGUGGUGCUCACUGCAGAGCCACUUGGGCAGAGCUGAGCUCCAGCAAGGAGGAGCUUGAGCUCCAGCUCCUCCUUCCUUGCACUUCUUCUACGAGUGAUGUCACUGGGGGUUGGGGUUAGGGGUGGAAUGGGUGUACGCAUUAAAACAGCUUACAGGAGGAGGAGCCAGAGCUUAAGCUCCCCCUCGCUGGAGCUCAAAUGGCUCUGCAGCGAGCAGUGUCUCAAUAGUUAGGCUGAAUAUUUUCACAAUAAUAUAUCUUUUUGAUUUAAAUAACAUAAAAGACCAGUUCUCUUUUAUUUAAAGGUUAUUUGAAACAGAAUAUAUUGCCAGAAUUUUACUUCCUCUCUAAAACAUCUCUCUUUUUCCAUUAAUUACACUGAAACCAUACAUUAAAGUCAGCAUGAAAUCUGUACAUGAAUGGUCAGUGCAUCCUCUGCGCAUUCAGCCACUUUAUUACUGUAUUUUAAAAAAUGA